UUUUAUAAAAGCUAACCACUCUCUUCUCUCUCCAGUCUCUACCAUAUAAAAUCAAACCAAACCAAAUCAAACCGCCAACUUCUUCUAAUAAGUAACCAACUCCAAAGGCAAAAGCUCUAUCACAGUCACCACUAAAGCUGUAAUGCUUCACACAUAUCGCUAAAUUUUCGUUGAAAGAAAGAGAGUUUUUAGGUAUUUGAGUUCUCUCUCACUCAUAAUAGAACACAUGCAAAGAUGUUAUCACCUCUUCCAAAACUCCCUCUUAUCCUCAAGCCCUUCCUUCUCUCUCUCUUCUUCUCUGUUUCAGCUCUAAUAUUCAUCGCUUCCAUAACUCCUCAUCACCGCCAAACCACCACCAAAACGCCCCUCUUCACCACCAACUCCACCGGACUUGACCUCCGUAUCCGGCCCGGUUACUCUUCUUACAAUGCAUACAUCCAGCACCAACUGAACAAAACCCUAAAUCCGAAACUCCGGAACAUUUGGAAAACCCGAGAUUGGGAACGCAAAGUUCGGGUGUUUUCCUAUUUCUUCGAGUCCUUAAAGCAAAGAAACCUCUUGUCUAACGCUUCAAAGGCGUUAUCCAUUGGCGCUCGCGUAGGCCAGGAAGUGGAGGCGCUUCGUCGCGUAGGUGUCUCCGAGUCUAUCGGAAUAGACUUGGUGCCGUCUCCGCCUCUUGUUGUAAAAGGAGAUUUCCAUGCACAGCCAUUCGAGAAUGAAACUUUUGACUUCGAGUUCUCCAAUGUGUUCGACCACGCGCUGUAUCCCUGGAAAUUUGUUGGGGAGAUCGAACGGACAUUAAAGCCAGGUGGAGUUUGCGUUCUACACGUGGCACUAUUUCGACGGGCCGAUAAGUAUUCGGCGAAUGAUUUGUACAGUGUGAGGCCAUUAGUGGAGCUGUUUAAGGAGUCGGAGUUGGUGGAGGUAAAGAGAGUUGAUGGAUUUGGGCUUGACACUGAGGUGGUCUUCAGGAAAAAAAAAAAGAUGUAAAAGAUUAGGCGCAAUUAACGGUUUAAUUGAAUUCUUUUUAUUGCUUUAUUGAAAAUUAAUAUGAAUUUUCCUUUUCUUGGUUGAAAAUAUAAUUGAUAAUGAUGAAUGAGGAGGUUGAUGACA